GUUGGAGGGCGGGAGUGGGGGAAGGGGCGAGCAAGGUCGCCCGCUCGUUCGCCAGGUGGUCGCGCCACUUCACUGUACGGCCGAAGUGUCUGUCUGUCGCUCUGGUGCUGUAUCAGCAACAUGCAGGGAAAUUUAAUUUUGUUGGGUUUGGUACUACUGCUCGAUGCAGUUUGUACCGUCAGUGGAUCCGUAAGACCAGCUUCAGUUGCGGAAGUCCGCGAGGUCGUGGUCUGGGGUCGAGACAGGGACAUUCGGAAAGAAAUACAAGAGGGAAUUCUGUUGCCACCGCUCUUACCAGAAUUCGACGUCCGGGGACAGUCCGUCAACCUGGUCCGACCCGUCACGAAGGCAAAUUCUGUUCCUCAACAGCAGGUGUUUCGCACUCAGGCUUUGAACGCGUCCCCGGAACACAAGGGCGAUGAUGAUACUUUACCGAUGUCGUACGUGGACUCGUCACUGUUUCGAAGGAGUAACUCUGAGGCAGAAAUUGCUCCGUCAGAAAUAGUCACGGGAACAAAAAAGUUUCCAGUUAAAUCUUCUCUUUUGGAUGCGCACAAAACACAACCUAACAAAGCAUGGAAAAUGGAGAAGAAUUCCGAAAACAGAAAUAAAUACGAAUUGAGGCAGGAUACGACAAGCGAGGACACUCCUGGUGACGGACCAACCUCAAACCCUCCUUUCUGGAACCACCCGCUCGUAGCUGACGAAGUCUCCGACACGUUUGCAAGAUUGCCUUCCAACGAGGAAUACGACAGAAAUUAUCGAUAUAUGCAUUCCAUUCUGUACGGCUUCAACGCCGAUUUCUGAAAAUGUGCCAUUUCCAAUGUAAAUGUCUGUAUAUUGUUCCAAUAAAAUUAUUUUGUACUGUUUUACAUUA